AGUAUUAUAUUAAAAAAAAAAACAAUAACAAUAAAAACUUCCGCCUUGGGCUGAUAAAAAAAAAUCAUUCACUAGCAAAUAUGGGUCGGACGUCAUUGAAUGGCAGUUCCGCUGCCGACAACUUAAGUGCUCUGUUCCAAGGUUUGAAUCAUCACAAUCAUCAAGGCCAAUCACAACAGCACAACCAAUCGAAUGGUAUAGAUCACGAUAAGCCUACAUAUGCAAUGGAUCAUUUGGCUACGUUUAAGGUGAAACAUGAAUCAGAGCUACGGAAUCCAAUUGAGAAAAUGAAAUUACUCAAGGAUACGAAUAUAUGUCCACAGAAAAUGUUUAUGAGGUUUAAUGGACAAUGGAUUGUUAUACUCGAUCAGGAUAAGGUAGAAAUUGAAAGCUUUCCUGGGUCUUUGAUUCAUGAACCAGUUGCUCUUGUGAGCAAAGAUCCACUCGAGGAAUUCAAUAACUUGUUGAUAUUUUCUGUAUCAGGAUCAGCUUUAGGAAAUACAGAAAUGCAUGUAUUUCAGGUUGAGGAAGCUUCAGCUGUGCAUUUGGUAGAAGAUCUAAAGCUUGUUCGCAGUGGCAAAACAAUAACCCAAACUCGUGAUCGUAUUGAAAAUAAACCAAAGCAAAUGGGAAAUGGAGUUAAGGAUCAAUAUGGAAUUCGUGAAGCUAUGAUGAAAAGCCGUGACGUUGAAGAUACGAAAGAACGUGAUAUCAAUGUUUUAAAUCAUUGCUUUGAAGAUAUUGAAAAGUUUGUAUUUCGUUUACAUUAUGCUGCUGAGGCUUUAGAUGAGCUUCAAAAUAGAAAACUUGAAAACAAACUCAACACAAAUCCUCAUGGUGAGGGUUUACUCGUUUUACGUUCAAGACCUCCCGUCGAAAAUGAGUUUAUGGAUAUUUUGGCAAAAUUCAAGUUGGCUUUCAAUUUCUUGACUCGUCUACAAGCACAUAUUGGCAAAAAUAAGUUUUCACUGACAGACAUAUUCGUUUCGCUAGAAUCAAUUGUUGUCAUUUGUAAUGAUGUGUAUGUGAAUGCUGGUAUUCCUCAAGCUGUAGUUAAUCCACUUUUAAGAAGAGAGACCAUAAGUUACCUUGAGUCUCAGGUCACUCCAAAACAAAGGGAAUUCUGGCGAUCUUUGGGAAGAAAUUGGAAUUCACCAAAAGAUUCUUUUAAGGAUCAUACUGGCUCAUACCAUCCGAUAUUCUUUGAUGAUUGGUCACCAGAUUUUAGUGUUGAUGAUCCUGUCGAGUAUAUACCACCACCGAUAAUCAGGACCGAAAGCAAUCUUAUGCAUGAUAUUACUAACGCCACCUGGCAUAGAAAACUGAAAUCUAGAAAUGUCAGAAUAGCUGAGGUCACUCAUCCAAGAGAAGCUGAUACUGAUAAGGAGUUAACAGUUGCAAAAGGAGAAUAUUUGGAGGUUAUUGAUGAUUCUAAAAAUUGGUGGAAAACAAGAAAUCAUCGUGGACUAGUUGGAUAUGUACCAAAUACAAUUUUGAAUCCACAUAACUUUGAUACUUCUGAAACUUCAACUUACAUUGGGCAAAAAUCUGACACAGAAUCACUGGCAUCAUCAACAAACGAUCGUAUAUCCGUCAAAGAAAGUGGAAAAGCUGGAAGAACUUCAUUAUUUGCCUAUGAAAUUGAGCGGGAAAUGCCAAAGCAGGUUCUUCCCAGAAGAUCAUUUAGUGAACCGUUGGGAAUGCUACCGCCACCUCCUCCACCGCCGCCACCAGCAGGUGGUGACACCCCUCCAAUAACUCCAGUUAAUAGUUUUCAAAAGGAGUUGGCAUUAGCUGGAGCACUUGUUGCAAUGAGAGCUCGUAACGAUUGUGAAACCGACAAUUUAGAGUCCCAAGAAGAAAUUCAGGAAGAACUUCGUCAAUCAAUGUUAUUACGUGAAAAACGAAGAGAUUUAGAAAUUCUGAAAACUCCUCAAAUUUACAUCGAAGAAGCAUCGACGAGCAAAGAAGUCGAAGAAUGGUUGCGUGGAAAAGGUUUCUCCAAUGAAGUUAUUAAAAAACUGCAUGGUCUUAGUGGAAAAGAAUUGUUUGCAUUACCUGAUGCAACUGUGGAGAGUUAUUUCUGCAAGGAUGAUAGCAAACGUUUGAAAUCACAACUUCUUUUGCAGAAAAAGAUUAGUGGAUUCAAAACUACUCGAUCGAAUGAAUUACAAGCAAUUUUAGCACGCAGGCGACAGAAGGCAGAUGCAACAAUUAUGGAAGUAGCUGAUGAAGUUUGAUGUUAAAAUGUUUUCAGAUAUUAAAAUAAAAUUAAAAUUGCAUUAAUGUAUAAUUAUGAAAAAAAAAAUUGUAC